CCAAACCAUUGCUUGUGAUGCAUCUUUGAGACAUGGAUGAACAACCCGAGUGGCACACCAAGAGAUCUACGGUAGAGAGGCAGCUUUUAGAGCUGCGCACAGAGAGGGAGUCUCUUCGGAAGCAGGAGCAGGAAGCGCAAGCCCGGAAGGCCGAGAUCGAACGCCGCGCGUCUGAAGAGGAGAGUGCAUUGUUGGCAGCAGCAGAUGUCGCAGACGGAGCCAAUGUGGCAGAAACAUCGGCUCUACGCGAGCGCAUGGCCAUGGUGAAGGAUCAAGCCGAGGAUGUUUUGGUAGAAGCUGAUGAACGGGAACACGAGUUCGCCGAGGAGUGCCGACACCUGCGGGUGGACAGGAUUGAAGCCGAGAAGGGACUGAGGGAGGAGACCAAGAAACUUAAGGUGUUCUCCAAGAACAUUGACGAAGUGGAGACUGAGUACCACGAAGCUCUGCGGAGGCAAACUGCAGAGUUGCAGACGAAGCGACAAGAAAAUUGGAAGAGACGACAAGAUUUGGUGCAGCAGACGGAAACCAAGGCUCUGGAAAUGAAAGAUGAGCUGAUGAAGGAAUUGCAAGCUGUGCACGAUGAGCUGAGAAGAGCCAAAGCAGAGAUCCAACGCAACGUGAAAGACCAGGUCUUGCUGCGCCAGAAGGUGCUGAACAGCGUGGAUCAAGACAUCCACAACAUUGACCUUGCAGUGAAUCAAGGUCUGGAUGACGCCAAAAGUCGUGCCCGAGAUCUACAUCAACGUGCCCAAGAGAUCAUCCAAGAGGUGCAGCAGAGAGACUUCGCCAUGGAAGAACAGCUGCGGCGGCGUGUUUCCACCGCCAUCACUGUUUUGGACAUGGCCAAGACCGCCAAAGAUUCCGCCAGCACGGAGCAUGCUGGCAACGAACAGCGCCGUCGCCACACGGCCAAAGCCUUCGGCGACGUCUUUCCGCGCAGCAGUCGCUUUGACUUCUCCGGGCUCAGCACGGCCAAGCCGCGGCUGCAGCCCGGGCCCGAUGGGUCUUGGGACGGGCAACAAACGCCGACGCCGUCGCGGUGACGUGGCGAAAA